AUGAAUCUAAUAUCUAAAAACUAUCAAUAUUUCAAAUCUUGUAAGUUAACUUUGCUUAUGAAAUUAAAUUUUCCUCAAUUCAGUAAAAUUUGAUUAAAGCAUUCAGGGAAAAUUAAUUAAAUUCCUAUAUUUUGUAAAUUUUUAAGUCUUAACGAAUAAUACUUUUCAGAUACUGAUUAUAAAAAAAGAAAUUUAUUUUAAUAAUUAUCGGUUUAAUUAUAACAAAGGAGCUUUAUAUGUUUUUUACUAAAUUAUUAUAAAUUAAGAUAUUAAUAAAAAAAGAUCUUGAUGGUAACAUCCCUAAUACAGUAUCCUUUUUAGAUGGCAAAUAAAAGUAUUGAAUCCAUUAUAAAUAACGAUUAGUCAGAAUGCCAUCCAUCAAAUAAGUUAAAUAGCUGACAUGCAAUAUUGAAAUAUUUACAAUCUUCUCAUCAGAAUAAAAUUUGCAAAUUAUUUAUUAUUUUAGUAGACCGCAAUACUCCAUUAUAUUUAAGAGUAUUGUUAGAAUAAAUCUAUUAAAUGCACUUUGA